AUGAAGAACCAGCGAGCCAACCUCGCAGAUCCAGUACUACUAGAAAAGAUUGACAAGUUCUUUGAGCUUGGAAUCGGAGAAUACGUCGCGCUGCCCCAGUUACUUGUUGUGGGAGAUCAGUCCAGUGGGAAAAGCUCAGUACUUGAAGGACUGACUGGCCUACCCUAUCCGCGGGAUAGCGGACUUUGCACACGGUUCGCGACGCAGAUUACGUUUAGAAGAACUCCAGCAGCGAAGAUCGCGGUCUCAAUUAUUCCAGCUGAGAAUGCGUCGUCUGAAUACGCGGAGAAGCUUCGGUUGUGGCGCAAGGACGACCUCGUCUCACUAGAACUCCAGACUUUCGCAGACAUCCUGAAAGAGGUUCAGGAGCUCAUGGGGCUAGGACAGGCCGACAGUGGCGGCAACAAGAAGACCUUCGCCGAUGACGUUCUUAGGAUAGAAAUAUGCGGGCCUGAUCAGGAGCACUUAAGCGUGAUCGAUGUCCCCGGAAUAUUCAAGAAAUCGACACCAGGAGUGACAACGAAAGCUGAUAUGGUCAUGGUCCGCAACAUGGUUACUACUUACAUGCGAAAUCCUCGCUCUGUUAUCCUCGCGGUCAUCCCGGCUAAUGUGGACAUCGCUACUCAGGAGAUCCUUGAGAUGGCUGAGGAACUGGACGUCAAAGGCGAGCGAACUCUCGGGGUCCUUACCAAGCCAGAUCUCGUCGAUAAGGGUGCGGAGCCUGCAGUCAUCGCCAUCAUCGAGGGGAGGAGUCACACUCUCAACCUCGGGUGGUGUAUCGUGCGCAACCCUGGCCAACAAGCAUUGGCCAAUAGUCUGUCCGAUGCAGCAGCCAACAACCGACAUGCGACAGAGAAGGCGUUUUUUAAGAGCGAACAGCCGUGGUCAGAUGUCUCUAAAGACCGCGUGGGUAUUGAAGCACUCCGAAUUCGCUUGGUCGAGAUACUUGCGGAAAUGAUAAAACGAGAGUUCCCGAGGGUAAAAGCCGAGAUUAGUGCAAAGUUGAAGCUUUGCAAGCACCAGCUAGAUGCGUUGGGCCCCAGUCGAGCAAGCCGCGAUGAGCAGUAUAAAUUUCUUCUCGAACUCGCCACACAAUUUCAAACCAUCACCUCCCUUGCUUUGAAAGCUCAUUACGGAGGGGACGACAUUUUUGACACUACUCCUACGUUGAGGUUAGCCACAGCAAUUGUCAGCCGAAAUGCCACCUUUUCGGACGAUGUAUGGCAGAGAGGGCACGCAAUGGCUUUUCACAAAGACAAAGAUGCGAAGGAAAACAACCCUUCCCAAUCUCCAGCCCCGUUCGGCAGUCCCUCCCCCUUCGCCAGCCAGGUACCAACCACCUUCAGCAGUACCACCGCAAAGAGCACCAAUCCUAUGGCUAAAGCCCCAACGAGCACGCCUCAUGGGUUUGGUCACGACUUUAAGAGUGUCCGGUAUGAGAAAAAUCAUGCUGAAUUAGAGGACAUUAUGCAGGAUGAUAGCCUGAUUCCUCUGCCCAAGGUUCUUUGGCAUCAAGCAAUGGCUGGAGAAUGUGUACAAGAGCUCCCGCGGAUUUGA